AAAUGUCAUGAUUAGCAGCUCUGAAUAAACUAUUUUUUUCGCGGUGUUAAGAUACAAUUAUCACAAAAGAUAAGAAUGCUCGGUGAAAUGCCUAAGGAGGCUGCAGUCACUCGGUUUUUCUUGGCUCCGUGAAGAAGACGUUAUCACUGAAGACCAUUUACUGUCAUUCUUAAUCUAUCAAAAGAAACACUGCUGCGAGGAUGAAGCUUCCAUCCAUUGACCUCAUACUGACCUCGGUAGCGGACGGCUUUCAAAGACCAGAAAGCAGAAGCCGGUACGAGGCUGUAGCAGCGGUUGUGGCGACCUACGGCGCCUUCUCGCUCUACCGCUAUGUGGCUAAAAGAAACAGGAGGAGGAGAUGGAGAGACGUGCCUAAAGACGUGGUACUCGUCCACGCUUUACCGAGAGGUCGCCUCGCCCCAAACGUCUCACCUUUCGUCCUCAGACUAGAGACUUAUCUGCGGCUCGCUAAGAUCCCCUACCAGCUAGACUUCGAGGAACCGGUUGGAUCUAAGGGCAAAUCCCCCUGGGUUACCUGGAAUGGAGAGGAGAUCGCAGACUCCCAGAUCAUUAUCGAGAGGCUGGGGCGUCACUACGGCAAGGACUUCACCAGCAGGCUGACGGCAGAACAACAAGCAGCGGCGCGGGCGAUUAGUCUGAUGGUGACAGAACAUUUAUGCUGGGGACUUCGAGUUUGGCGAUAUGAGCUUAACCGAGGUCGCGCAGUCAUGCAGAGUAUGCCCAGCGCCCCCUUCUACAUGCGCUUGGGAAUGCCCCUAUUUCGCUGGAAAAUCAUGCGAGACCUGAGAGUCCAGGGAAUCGGCAAACACAGCCCGAAGGAGGUAGAAGACAUGGUGAAGAAGGACCUGGCCGCCAUCUCCCUUUACCUUGGCGAAAAGCCGUUCUUGAUGGGCGACGAGCCAAGCGAGGUCGACUGCACGGUGUUCGGGUUCCUGGCGCAGCUGAAGUGGCAUUACCCGGGGUCGCCCUACGAAGCCAUGCUCGAAGCGGACUUCACGAAUCUAAGUGGCUACAUAUUACGCGUGAAGGAAAAGCUUUGGCCCGACUGGGAUCAGUGCCUGGCCAGCCUAUAAACGCCAUAAUUCUUCAGAAACAAACGAUUCAAAGAAGGCUGACACAUGUUCUGCAACUUUAAGAAAGAGCUAUUCUGUAGCAGUGUUUUACAAGCGGAAGUGAUCUUCAUGGGGAGGAAUUACAAAUCAAAUGGGUAGUACUUCUGCUGUGAAAAGAAGUUUGGAAAUGGUUUCAGUCUGGGAAGGAAAUGGGAGAAGUUGUACACUGUACAUUUUGGUACUCAUCCACAUAUGAAUAGAGUACCAUCAUGUCUCUAUGCAAGGGCGAUAACAAAUUAACAAUAGUUUGUCUUGCUCCACUGAAAAUGUAAUAGUUUGAUCAUUCAAUAAAAUAAUUCUACAUCACCA